UGAGGAGAUAGUGUCGUGUUAUUGGAGCGCCAUAUGUGCUGCUUGCCACGAGCAGGUUGGCAUUGUCUGAGCUGAUUGUGAUACAUGCUAUUGCUGCACCGUGUAUAGGGUUCGCUGAGGCUGAGGGCGGCACUGGCAGCUGGCCAGCGUGGACCCGCCACCGAACCUGCCGUGACCUGACCUGGCCUGGCCUGACCUGCUCAUCGCCACCAUGGCCUCCUCAAACGUGAUAAAGACAAUGGUGUCAAAGAACAAGAAGAGGUUUGAGGAGGGCAAGUUCAACCUCGAUCUAUCGUACAUCACGCCGCGCAUCAUCGCCAUGGGCUACCCGGCGCAGGACAUCGAGAAGCUCUACCGCAACGACGCCCGCACUGUGCUGGAGUUCCUCAAUCAGCGCCACCCAGGACGGUACAAGCUCUUCAACCUGUGCCGAGAGCGACAGUACGACUCGGCCAUGUUCGAGGGCCGCGUCGAAUGGGAGCCGUUCGAGGACCACAAGCCGCCCCGCAUAGAGCAGAUCGCGCCGUUCUGUCGCAAGGUGCACGAGUGGCUGUGCGCGCACCCCGACAACGUGGUCGCCAUUCACUGCAAGGCCGGCAAGGGUCGGACUGGAGUGAUGAUCUGCUGUUACCUGCUGUACUCCGGGCAGUUCGCUACGCCGGCCGAGGUCCUCGCCUACUACGGCGACCAGCGCACCAAAGACGGCAAGGGCGUGACGAUCCCCAGCCAGCGGCGCUACGUCGAGUACUUCCACCGGCUGAUGGGCAUGGAGCGGCCGGCGUACCGGCCCACAAACCUCUUCCUGCAGGCCAUCACGCUGGAGCCCGAGCGGGCGCUGGAGAACAUCGUCUCCAGCGUGCACUUCUCGGUGAAGACGCGCGGUCCGACGCCGGACGCGUCCAACGGCGACGCGCGGCCGGUGCCGUCGCUGCCGCUGCUCGACUCGGAGGCGCGCAAGCAGAAGGAGCACAAGCUGAUGAGCUCGCGGCCGGUGGAGCCGGCGCGACGGGCCGGCGACACGUGCCUCCGCAUCCCCGUCAACGGAGACCUGCACUUGUGCGGCGACUUCAAGCUGGAGCUGCUCUGCAAGCCCAAGAACAAGCUGAAGCCGAAGGAGAAGCUGUGCUGGCUGUGGCUGAACACGUUCUUCGUGGCCGGGCCGGCGGCGGAGGUGGCGCGAACGGAGCGGACGGAGCGAAUGGCGCGGGCCUCCAGCUGUCCGGAGGACGAGAACGGGCCCGGCCAGGCGUACCCCAUCGCCAGGCGUCCCCAGCUCAAGUCUCGGCAUCACUCCUGCAGCGACGCCCACGUCUUGCCGGGCGUCAGUAACCGGAUCACGCUGACGCUGGCCAAGUACGAGCUGGACAAGGGCUGCAAGGACUCCCGCCUGCCCGACUCGUUCAAGAUGCACCUGAGCCUGGUGCGGCAGCGCGGCCACGUGACGCCACGGCUGCCACACGCCAGUGGCUCGGACUCGGACAGCGAGGACGACGACGAGGAGGAGUACCCCGACAGUGGCAAGGAGACAACCCACCUGUGACGACGCCGGCGUGGGGCGCCAGAGUACAAAGAAGACAGGGCCGACCGCCGGCGCGACGGCUUGUGGCGCGAUCGGACCUUGUGGCGGGCGGGACCUUGUGGCGGGAUCGGACCUUGUGGCGGGCCGGACCUUG